AUGGUUAUGUUGAAAGGGGCUGAGCGUCAGGCAAAGAAGGCUCGUACAGGUGAUGCUGAGAGCGAAAGCGAAAAGGCUUUAGUCGCAGACGCGUUCAAAUACGAGUUUGUGAACAGUCAAAAUUACGUUGACAACUUUUACAGACAUAUCAACUUUUGUUUGUCGAAGUGCCGCGAGGACAGUAGCUACUCUCCAUAUAUUGCACUAAUUCAGAGCUCCGGCUAUGGGAAGUCCCGCCUCAUCGCAGAGAUUGCACAAGAUGUCUAUGUUUUAUAUGUAUGCUUUCGGCCGUCAAAGAGCACAGGCUAUCCUCCUCGGUCAAGCAUCGCGUCCAAGAUUCUAGAGGAGAUGCCGCACCAACAAAUUAGCUGGUUUGAGACGUUUUUGGAAUGCAUGUUUGCCGUACUUGGUCGUAUGAUUCAGGGUGGUCUGACGCCUUCCGAAUGUUGGGAAAUGCAGAUGGAUUCUAGCAAAGAGAAAAAGUUCUGGACUGACGUUACCACUGACUUACAACACGCGCUCGAGGCAAGCUCCCCGACGAUGGAGAGUCUUCCCGAGCAACUAUAUGAAACUAAUGUACCAUUCAAAUUUAUGCUGUGUCUAGAUGAGGCACGCAUCCUGACCAUGACAAUUCACGAAGCAAAGGAACGAUCUCUAUUCAGGAUCAUUCGACGUGCUUUGCAAGAUAUCAGAUGGAAGAACUUUAUGUGCGUCAUGUUAGAUAUGGCUGGUUCUCUGUCCAAUUUCGCACCAACUGAGGAACAUGAUCCUUCCCUGCGGCUCCCAACUGUCAAGCCACUUAAGUUGCUUCCGCCAUUCAUUGAUGUUUCAACAAUGGAUGCAUUGUUCACGGGGCAAGUGAAGAAUUCAACUGACAGGUUUUUCCUAGGUUGUGCCUUGUGGACUGCAUUGCUUAAGUCUGGCUUGUCAAUUGAAAAGGCAGUUGAAACUGCACAAAGAAAACUACUUGGAGGCACUGUGAGCACCAAUUUACAGAAUAUUCUUUCUACUGCUAAAACGGAUGAACAGUUGGCCAUGGCUAUCGCUAUUAUGUCUGUACUAAUUUCUGUGGAUAUCUCACCACAACCGCACUUAUCACAUCUGCUAGUGAGUAGCUACAUGGCUACCUGUAUCUCCAUCAAAGAGGACCGAAGCCAAAUGCUUGUGAUGUAUCCAUCUGAGCCUAUUCUCACUGAAGCAGCUUUUUGGCUUGUGGAUGAUGAUGCGACACUAGUGAAGGUCCUUCAGCUGUUUGCAGCAUCAUUUCAAUGUGGAUUUGUUGAUGCUGGCCACCGUGGCGAACUUGUUGCAAGGCUUAUCCUAAUCAUCGCAUGGCGGAAAUGCGUACAAAAGAACUGGGGUAAAGAUGGACUUUACACAAGAGAAAUAUCUCUCAAGGAAUUCUUGUCCACCUUGUUUGGUGAUCUUGAUUCCUUAGUCACAACAAACGAUUCUUGGAAAGGGUUGAAACUGGAUAGACUAUUACUGGAAUCCGUUCUAUGCUUUACCCAUUUCAUACAGGUAGAAUACACUCCGGACAGUGGAUUGCUUGAACAACUAUUCAGAAGGGGUGCAGCCGCAAUCCUGAAGUUCAACCAACCUGGUGUCGACCUCCUCAUCCCACUCAAACUACCGGAUGAUCAAUUCAUGUAUGUUACGAUAUCAGUAAAGAACAGGGAUGUUUCAUGGGGAGGUGCUGACUACACCAAAGACUCAACCUAUAAGAUGAAGCCGCAAUAUAUAUUUAGAAGAACGGAUCUUGCAACGCCGCCAUCACUCCCGCACCUAUGUUUUUAUUGGUCCCUGCGCGACAAGAGGGAAGGACUUCAUCGACCCGAGUGGAUGAAGCAGGAUGAGUCUGACCGACACUUAGCUGUCUUCUCAAUGGCACCGUUUGUCUGUCUUUCUCCUGAGAUUAGAAAAGAGCUGGAUGCGAUACUAAAAGCAUAUGUUAAUCCAUUUGACAUCCUGUGGAACAGUAAGACAGUUAUGGACAGAACGGCAAUAGUGAAAAGUUUCAUUCCCCUGCGUUAUUCAUUGGACAAUUGA